AUGUCGGAGAAGAAGAAAGAUGUCGGAGAAGAAGGAGGAUGCGAGAUGAAGGGAUCACUUCAUGACUCUGCCAUUACAGUUUUGGAGGCUGAGCUUACAGCGUUGAAGCGAGGAUUAACCGAAGCUGUGGAUUUUGGGAUCAAUCAUAUCUCAAUCUACUGCGAUGAAUUACAGAUUUACGAAUUGGUCCUAGGUUACAUGGAAACUCCGUCCGAUAGCGUUUUUUGUUUUGGAAAUGUUUCGAAAACCGAAACUCUUGGAAACUUUAUGGAAACGCUUUCUGAAAUCAGCAUAAGUAUGCCUCCUGUUCAGACGAAGACUUGCCUUAUAUGUUUCGAUGAAGAUUUCGAAGCUGAGCAGAUGUUUUCUGUUGGUUUAUGCGGUCAUCAAUUCUGCGUGGAAUGCGUUAAACAACAUAUAAGAGUGGGAAUGCUGGAGGGAAGUGUGAUGAGAUGUCCUCAUUAUUGCUGCGAGACUAAGCUUACUCUUACAAGCUGUGCCAAUCUUUUGACACCUAAACUACGAGAGAUGUGGGAACGAAAGAUGGAAGAGGAAUCUAUUCCUGUGGCGGACAGAGUUUACUGUCCAAAUCCGAUGUGCUCGGCUUUAGUAUCGAUAACAGGGAUCUCUAAAUCUAGAGGAAGCUGGAUUUAUGAGAAGCUGCUUCAAAUGUGGUAA